AUGGAUCGCGUCGAUCUGCUCGAUGCUGUCCCGCCGUCUCUGGUCCCUACUGUCCUCUCACUGCCCGCGACACGGCCCGUCUUUCUCGAUGACGACAUCCCUCUCGCCUUCACGACCAGCAAAGCGCUCACCAUGUCGGACGUGAGAUGGGAUACAGAUGUCCAAGCCUAUCGACUCAGGACUCAAGACUAUGGCUUCCGCUGGACGGUCGACGCACUGCCAGCGAAGAUCCUGGGAGAGCCCGACUUUGGCCCAGACUGCCCACCAUUCGUUCUACAGGUUUGGUGGAAUAUCGUCUGUCACGUUGAGAAGAACCGUCUAUUCAUCAGCAGUCAAGGCGCUUGGGAGACCGGCGUUGAUACGAUUCUUGGAUUCUUGAACAUACUCAUACAGGUCUCUGCAAUGCCAGGACACUGGAUGUUCAAGUGGCUCAAGGUGAUGCAAACGGCCAAAGACUGGUACAAGCAAUGGCUACAGCGCUUUCGAAUGUUGCAGCCUGAAAAACAAAUGGAGGAGAUGAAAGGGGGGACGGAACGGGCCAAGGAAGACAGCAUGAAGUAUCCGAUGUUGGGAGAUAUUCUGGCUCGCGAGAUGCCGCUCAAGCUCCACGAAGAUUUGUUUUUGACAAAAGAUGUCAGGGACGCCCACUUCAACUUUAUUGGGCAACAGUCCCAGUGGGACAAUGCAAAGUUCGCUUCCGAUGGUAAACACAUCGCUAGGCGUAACCUGUCUGAACGGCCUGGACCUAUCUUUCCCAAUGGUCGGCAAGACGUGGUGUCAUACUACACGAGCAACCCCAUCGUCCCCCAUACACCUGCGAGUGGAACGAAUCCAGUAUACUUCCAAGUCACUUUUGGAGAGUCGAAACUCUCCUCGGGAUCAGUCGACAUAUCAAGUCUGAAGGAGAUUGCUAUCAAGGAUUUGAAUUGUCCCAUGAAGCAUAAGGGGCGUGUCUUGUAUUGCCGCGUCCUCACUCUACCCGUCGUCGGACGGGGGAUUGCAUUCGCCGUUGAAGAUUCUUAUGGCCAUGCCAUAGCCCUGGCGGUAGACCAUCCUUUGCCAAUCCCAGCCAGGUGUGCCCCGUUCGAACGUCUCAAAGCCUUGUACCCGAGGGGCGCCAUCUUGGCUGUCAAGGAGCCUUAUGUCCAUUACGGACUUACGUCAAAUAUUGCCGAAGUCCAAGUGGCGAUGAUCACCGAUGUAGUGGAGCUUCCCUGCCUGCCCGGGCCUCCCUGGCGAUACCAAGCUCUGAUCGAGGAGCCCUAUGGUGAGGUCACCGUACGAGCGUUCAAAGACAGAGGGAACGAAGCCAUCAAGAGAGGUGACACAGAAGCUGCCAUCAAGCAGUACUCUCUAGGGCUACUCCUCGCAGACAAGGGAGACGCAGAUCUCAAGAUCAUGCUGCUCCUCAACCGCGCGCUCGCCAACCUGGAUAUUGAUCGCCCCGGUCCAGCUCUGGCCGACUGUACGGAGAUCGAGAGAUUGAGUUUGCAGUCUACCCUUAGCGACGCCCAAUGUCUGAAACUCGUAUACCGCAAAUUUCUUGCCCUCAAAUCUCUCCGCCUCUGGAGUUCCGCACGCGGCGCCCUGGCCGACUGCGUCAAGCAUGGUCUGGAUCCUGCCAAGAUCAAGGCUCACGGAGAGCAGCUUCGAGAUCGAGAUCUCGAGCGUCAAGGCAUGCCGAAUCACCCGGGUAUGUUCACCUUUGCUUCAAUGGAGAAUUCGGGCCGCGCCAUUGAUACCUCGAAUGGUGACUAUGUUGGACCUGUAGCGGUGCGCAAGAUCCCGAACAAGGGUAGAGGACUGGUUGUCACUUCCAAUGUCAAAGCCGGGACCUUGCUGUUCUCUGAGACCGCCGCGAUCCGUGGUGGAUCUUCCAAACAAGGGGUUUUGUCUUCGAUCUCAGAGGUGUCCGGGGUCAGGGAUCGUGUCGAUGUUGGCCUUGCAGAACGCGCGGUUGAGGCUUUCAUCGCUGAUCCGAGUCGAAUCCUGGUCAUGGACGCUCUUAUGCCCCGUCCAUCAAGGUCGAGCCCAAUAUUGACAGACGAACAACGACUAGAAGUCAUUCUAGCCGGCCCUCCACCGGUCGAUAUCCAGGACACGGUGCGCAGGGUGACGGUCAAUUCCUUCGGUGGCAGUGUCGAAAAAGGGUCCUUGACUUUCGGCCUGGCUUCAAUGGCAAAUCACUCGUGCAUCGAGUCGACGGUGUUUCACAAUCAGGGAGAGACCCGCUUCACUUACGCUCGCUUUGAUCUCAAAGCAGGCGACGAAGUGACUUACUCUUAUGUCGAUCCCUCAAGAUCCUACUCGUCAAGGUUGACAUCUUUUAAUGUUACAUGGGGCUUCACCUGUAGCUGCGAACUCUGCACUGCAGACGCAAAAGAUGACUGGAAGACUCGAGAGGCGCUAAUGCAGCGGGAUUGGCCCACGAUCAAGGCCAUGGCUGAAGAAGUCAGCACUCGAAGUCCCGGUUUUGGUCUUCCAACGGACUGGCGAGGCAGCUUUGUCUUAAACACGGCACAGGUAGCGAGAUCCGCCGAGCAGCGAUGGGCUUUCUUCUGUGACUUUGUAAACAAGCUGGAAAAGACUUAUGCACCUGGCCGCAAAGUCGUGAAAAGCGAGCUUAUCGAAGUCAUGAGCGGAUCGCAAUAUGCAAUUGGAUUCGGCCCAGACCACAAGGGAGUCUUCCAGACGUACGAAGAUCUGGUGAAAGCCUGGGGAGGUAUCCUUGGGAACAAGGAAUACAUCAGGAAGACUGGAAGAGCCCUUAAGAAGAUCCCUGACACUGGCAACGUGCUCGAAGUUUGUCGCUUCUUGCUGAGAUACUCAACCCUCUUGCGGACCUCCGAUCGAACGAGCAAACCUUUGGUCGCGCUCGGGCUAUUGGGCAUUCAAGAUUCUAUCCUGUGGGGAUUCGGACACGAAGAUGGUCGAAAGGCUAUUUCGAGAGGAGCUAUUGACGGGACUGCUUGGUGA